AUGCAGAACUCACUCAAAGAUGGGGGUACUUACCACUGUCAAUACAGUCAGACCUAAAGGGAUGUUGAUAUAUAGCACUCUGUGACUGACUGCUACCAUUUUCCCACACACACAUGCGCACAGCCGCACACACUCCAUCAAAUACACUCAGUCUCACUCACACAUACAGGAGCAGCACUAAAAUAAGAUUUGGAUGUUAUUUCCUCUUCAUAUCCUCACCCUGUGUCUCCCUCAUGGCAUUCCUCCCUCUCAGCAUUUAGUGUCAGUCAUUGGCAGUCCUUGGAACCCUCCCACCAUUCUCUCUCUGCUUCUUUGUCUGAACUUGUUCUGUGCACACUUAGAUAUUUCUGCCAGAGGGUGCAUCAGUGAGAGAGGGAGAGCGAGAGAGAGUUAGCAAGGUAUUGACAGAGAUGAUAAUCAAACAAAGACGGUGAGAGUAAGGUCAACACACACAAAUGUAGGGACAAAAGUUAUUUCACUCUCUCUCCCGCUCUCUCUCUCUCUCUCUCUCUCUCUCUCUCUCUCUCUCUCUCCUCUCUCUCUCUCUCUCUCUCUCUCUCUGCUAACUCUCUCCAAACAUUCUCUGCUUAUAUAUUUAGAGACUGUGCUGCUUAAAUGCAUGCCACAUUUUAAAAUGCACACACAGAGACUCAUAAAUGUCAUAACAUUGUGACUCUCGUGAUCCAUUUGUCUUUCAUUCAUCUCGUGUACGUGUAGCUAAUUUACCUCAAUAACUAACAAACGAACAUAACAAUAAAAUCAUGGUAUUGCAAUUUGCACCAAUCCAUUAACCUCAAUAAACUGAAACACAUUCACACACCCCUAGGCUGUGUCUAUCUACUUCCAUGUAAACCUUAAUGUUUCAGAUUAAACCAAUCAGUCUACCUCCCUUUCUCUUCCUCACACAAAAUGUCAUCAAACAUGGAUUUAUUACUAUAGCAAUGAAUAUCCCGUCAAUUUGACCUCAGCCACAAAUCAGUGUAAUUGUGGCAAUUAUUGCAAAUAGCCGAGCUGUCAGGGGGGAGGUUAUACAGUCUGAUUGUCCACACCAGAGACCAUGGGCAUGAAGGCAGACGCGUCAGACUUAACUUCAAUUAUUGAACUCACCCUUUCCCCAGGCUGUGUCAAUCUUUCAUUAACUCUCAUUCCUUUCUCCCCUACUCUCUCUAACCCUCCCACAAAUUUUCAUGUCUCUCUCCCUCUCUCUUUCCAUGUCUCCCUCCCCUCUCUUUCCAUGUCUUUCUCCCCUUUUCUUUCUAUGUUCCUCAUCCACAUCACUCCUUUUUCCAUUAUCUACUCACCUCAAUCUUCGCUUUCGUCUUCAUUCAAUCUCUCCCCAACUCACCUUACUAUCUUAAACCAUCUCUUCAUGAGCUCACCUCCCGUUCAUCUCUUUUCAGACUUGGUACGAUAGCGCCCCAGUUUCCAAUUUCAGGCGUAAUGCUCCACUCACCGCUCUACAUUUAGCCCGUGACUCCUGACGUCCCAUUCCGCCUCCGGCACCACUCCUCAACCACUCACACAACCAUGCACUUCAGGUCAACCCGGUCCGCUCCCCUGAGGUGAUGGGGGGGGGGAUACUAAUCUCAGAUCUGACCAUGGUGUGACUGGGCUCCCCGUCCCUGCCGUGGCAGGGGAGGGAGGGGAGCUUGGAGGGAGGGAGGCAGGGAUGGAGGGAGGGGGGAGCAUCUCGCCUCGCCCCCCAGCAGUAAGUGAGCUCUACUUCAGAGGCGUCCGACCAUAAUGCAGACAUAUCUGAGGAAUAAUCACUCAAGCCUGAAAUUGAAUUUCACAGGAAAGGGAGGGUCAGAGAGGCUGUGGGAUGGGGUUCCAAAACAGACCACACAUAGCCUAUCACAAACACACCAGUGGUGGUCGGUGCCGUUUAAGAUUAGGGAGGACGAUUUCUUUUUUUAAUGAGCAUGGCCUUAUUUCUAUUACAGCAUAUUGGAUGACUGUCAUUCAUAUUCCAUUCACCCAGCUCAGUGUAACAUCGAUAGGUUUAGACUACUGCAUGAUACCUAGCCUACAAAUGAACGUUUAUAACAGAGGUGCACAGGUUGAGAGACAAACUGGAGUAAUCAAGGUGACAGACAGUGACACAUUCAAUACCGCCUUGCACACUCUUGCCUGCAUCUAGCUGACCUAGGGUGUAAUCAUUAGUCCAAACGGUUUCAAAACGUUACGUUUUACAACUAAAACAAGUCUUUCUAUUGGACAAAUUCAAGUAUUCCAUCCCUGUUUUGUUCAGUUUGCUUCCGUUUAUGAAACAUUUUGCAACAGAAUUGGUGGAAUGAAUACACCCCUGAUCACACAGUUCACUUUCAUAGCAGCCAUACAAACAGCAUCAUCACAUCUACCCGCUCUCCUCCUCUCACAUUUUCCCUUCACUUGUGGACUUGAGUGCACAACACAACAGCUCUCUGUGACCAGGCGACAAAACCUUCUCCUUAAUUUUGGAAGAAAUUAAUUUGUUCAAAACUGUUCAACUAUUGUCGUUCUCUCUCUUUGAGACAACUACUCACCACAUUCUAUGCACUGCAAUGCUAUAGCUAACUGUAGCUUAUGUGUUCAGUACUAGAUUAAUUAUCUGAUCCUUUGUUUGGAUGGACAACAUGUCAGUUCAUGCUGCAAGAGCUCUGAUAGGUUGGAGGACGUCCUCCGGAAGUAGUCAUAAUUACUGUGUAAGUUUAUGGAUGGGGUGAUAACCAUGAGUCUCCUAGGUUUUGUAUUGAAGUCAAUGUACCCAGAGGAGGACGGAAAAUAGCUGUCCUCUGGUUACACCCUGGUGAUACCCUACAGAGUGCUGUUGAGGCUACCGCAGACCUUCAUUGCAAAACAGUGUGUUUUAAUCAGUUAUUUGGUGACGUGAAUAUAUUUAGUAUAGUUUUAUCUGAAAAGGAUAAUUUUUUUAAUGAAAUUCACUGAGUCCUAACCCUUUCUCCUUUGAGGAGCCACCACUGAAAUACACACACACACACACACACACACACACACACACACACACACACACCACACACACACACACCACACACUCACAUACACACACAAACCCAUAAAAACAUUUAUACACAUACUCAUAAAAACAUUUACACACAGCGAAACAAAUAAAACACACACAAAGCCUCAAGUCUAUAUAAUAAGUGUGGGAGAGCGAGAGAGCUAGGGCAAUAUAAAAAAAAUCAGAGUGGAGUUGGAUGUAAGGAAUGUCUUAAUUAUGGGAACAGAGGACUAACUUCAAUUUAAUCUUUAAUGAGAAACAGGUUUGAAUGGAAGAGAAACUAGAGCUGAGGGGAGAGGGGGCUCUACAUUAGAUUAUCUGGCAACCCAUGCUACAGAUGUAGGAUGUUAAUUUGAGCCAGUUUGCGACAGCAGGAAAAUAAUCCUGCAGCAACAGGAAAUGUGAAUUAUUAUGUGGAUUAUAAUUAGGGGUUGAUAUAUUUGUCGUAAGGGAAAAUCAAGUAUGACAUCUCUAAUUGGAAAUUACGAAUUUCAGAAGCCUUUUUAAACCUCAAAUACAAAGUUAUCCUGCAACAGGGUGAUCAAAUUAAGAUCUUACAUCUGUAAAUACUGUAGUUGACAGUUGAUUCUCAUAAUUGUAUCAAUGCAAAAUAUGAUGUCUCUUCAUGUUCGUACCUCUAUUCUAUCUUUCCAUUGUGCAUCUCUACUUCUCCGUUAUGCAUACAUCUCCGGCCCUUUCUCUCCAUCCCCUUAUCCAUCUGUCUUUUCUCCCUCUCUCUUUCUGCCAGAGAAACAUUUUUACACAUUGUAAACUUUACUCACUGAACGGCACCCGGCAGUAUAGGAUUUCACAGGCAGACUUUUUAUGUGAACCACUCUGGCAAUUAGCAGAGGAUAGACUUACAGCGUACCCACUGCACAAAGGAAGGACUGGCCCAGUUCCACAAGCCUCUCUCCCUGUUCUGUUCCUCUGCCCCUCUCCAUCUGUCAGUCCCACAGGACAGGGUGUGUGUGUGUGUGUGUGUGUAUGUGGGUAUGUAUGUAUGUGUGUUUGUGUGUUGUAGGGGGUUUGUGUGUAUCUCUGUGUCAGAAGGCGUGUCAGCCAUGUGACAUUGCAUGUACAUGUGUGUGCAUACAUUGGAUGUAUGCAAGUGUGACAGAGCAGAGGUCAGGGGUUUCUGUGAUGCGCUUACUUACAUCACCCUUUCAUUAUCCUUAUCCCUUGUACCUUGUUACACUGUCAUUGUCACAGACUUGUUAUUACGUCACACAAGACAGAAUGUAGCACACACUGCUUUAAUAACGCUUACAUAGUGCUUGGUCUGUUCAGUAACACUACUGACAUCAUGGCCAUUACACUUUCAUUGCAUAGUAAUGACUUUGAGUGUUUUUUGUAAUAAUUAUUCCAUUUGUGUAAUAACAAAAAACGCUACUAUGCAAUUACAUAGCUGUUGCUGAAUCAUUCAUUUCAGCGUUAUUAUAGAUAUUAUUGUACAUCUGAUGCUCAAAUGCAAACCUCACUUUCAUUCAUGAUUGGAGUAUGGGGUAACUGAUCCUAGAUCUGUGGCUAAGGGCAACUUCUAUCUUCUACAUAUAUCCUAGCAAAGGUAGAAUCAAUGUUUCCCUGCCCUUUAUCGCCCCCAAGUGGAGGGGUGGAGGUACACCUGGAUGCAUCAGAAGUCAAGCGUUAGCCAUUGAUUGACAUGACUAAUGAGUAUGAGGUAACUCUGCAUCUUAAUAAUCUCUCCUUCCUCCUGAAGUGUGCACUUGUUCACGUCCCUUCAUAGAUUUAAAAGGAAAAUGACUGGUAUAUGGAAACUCCCUCUAGUCAUACCUACACCAAUCCAAUGCUUUUACAUUUGUGGGGAGUAGUGAUCGAGUGCACACUUCAGGUGGAAGGAGAGAAUAUUGGGACGCAACCUCACUCCCACUCUCUUUCAACUGUCUCUUCCUGCUAGCUCAUCUCUCUCUCCUCUUUCUCUCUCUCUCUCUCUCUCUCUCUCUCUCUCUCUCUCUCUCUCUCUCUCUCUCUCUCUCUCUCUCUCUCUCUCUCUCUCUCUCUCUCUCUCUCUCUCUCUCUCUCUCUCUCUCUCUCUCUCACUCUCUACCAGCUGUCUCCCUCCUCAACCUACUCUCACUGUCUAUGGUAAUGAUUAUAGUGACAUACAACUUGUACUUGUGUAUUAUCAGCCCAAAGUUAUAAACAAAAGCUACUGUCUGUUAUACAGCUGAUCAUGAGCUAGUAGUCUAUCACUAGACCUACUGACCUUGAGGAACAACUCAACUUAGUAAUUGAGAGUCAAAAAGAAGCAGAAAGAGACCUAGAAAUAGAGAGAGUGAGGGAGAGAGAGCAAGGAGCAAGCGAGGGGGUUCAGAGAUCCAAGCUGUUUUAUUAAUCUGCCAAUUUUCUCAGAUGACGCAAGGACUGUGAUUUUGCCUAUUCUUUCUCUCUCUCAAUCUCUCCAUCCCUUCCUCCCUUCAUUGUGUCUCUCCCGAUGCCUUGCUCUGGUUGGAUGGGAGAAGACACACAGCAGGUAGGACUGGCUUUAUCUCCCUUCUCUUCAUUCCUUCUAUCCCUUAACCUAUCCUCCCUCUGAUCUUUCUCAUCUUCUGAAUGAUGUUCUGGACAUUUCUUUCAUGUUCAUCUCAAAUCCUCCCCCACCCAUGUGCAUAGGAUUUAUCAGAAGUGUAGUUGUACUACCAUUGGCAGUGCUAUUUUUCAUUCACUGAAUUGCUAUGAAUUUUGAGUCCAUGCGCUCAUGUCACUUUCGCUCUGUUUCUGUCAGUCAGAAUGUGCUGCACAUUGACUGUCUGUGGUGAUGUGUGUAUAUAGGUGUAGGUGGGCGUGUACAUCGUUCAUCUCUUUUCUAUUUUAUGGAAUGUUCUGUACCAUCAUUUUUAUUUUCAUAGAUUUUCACUAGAGUGUAGUCAGUGGUAGUUAUUUGAUAUUAAGAGUGCUAUGGAACUUCAGAACUAGCUGACAUAUGACUAUUUACAUUCCAAUGAAGUGCUUUUCCAGCUGUUGUGUUUCAAAUUGUUGUAUUUAGAAUCAGAGUGAGAACAAGAGAGAACCAAGACAGAGUUUGCGUUUGGAAAAAGAAAAUGGAGAAUAUUCAAAGGAUAUUUUUGGCAAAAGGAGAGGAUGGAUAUACUGUUCUGGAGGAUUGGGAAGAAUAAAACUAGGCUCUGCUGGAGGAAUUGUAUUCCAAUGACAGAUCGAAAGGAAAGAGGAAAGGGAGAGUAUGAGGGAGGAUUUAUAAAUAGCAGAGCUUUAGAAGGGUGAAGAGAGCAGAUGUGAUAGACAGUCUGUGCUUAAGGAGUUCAAACAACAGAUUAAUACACUCAGAUUAUAGUCCGAAAGAGAGGAAUGGAGGGGAGGUUGUGUACCUGCCACACACACACUCUCUCACGCACACACAAAUUCAAAUCACAUUUUAUUGGUCACAUACGCGUUUAGCAGAUGUUAUUGCGGGUGUAGCAAAAUGUUUGUGUUUCUAGCUCCGACAGUGCAGUAUAUCUAACACACACACAUUCAUGUGCACACGUGCACACACACACACACACAGAUGCACACACACUGAUGAACAGUCAAUGACAAAUACACAAGCUCCCUCUUUUACAUUUUUUCUCUCUUUCUAUUUCUCUCUCUUUUUUCUCUCUGUGAUGGUCUAUUGACUCCAGAGCUUGUGACUGAGGGAUAAAGGGGAGGUUUUCUACUGAUCGAUGACCAAAUGCAUUAGAUCUGAUCAGGGGCGCAACUUUGGUUUUAGAAGUGGGGGGGGACAUAAUUAUUAUUAUUAAUUUUUUUAUCCAGUUGGAUAAACACACCAAACAGCCUAUCCGACCACUCGGAGGCGUCCGCAUGGUCCUAAAGCACACCGUUGCCUCGUUUUGUAUCACAUUCCAAUGAUAAAACUGGGGGUGACAAAAAUGCAAUUUCAGAAUGUGGGGUGGACAUGUAUGGACUUGUUAACCUAUACAUAUCAGUGCAGUGUUGUAGUAGUCAUGACCCCCUCCCUUGUUCUCUCUGGAAGAAGGGACGGGGAUAUGGGAUUAUAUCUCUGUCCCUGCAAAGAUCACGCCAAACAGUCAACCAAAGGAAAUAAUCCCCCCCUCACUCACACACACACACACACACACACACACACACACACACACACACACACACACACACACACACACACACACACACACACACACACACACACACACACACAACAUGCUCAUGUGAUAAAGACAAAUGCAUACACAAUCUCAUACACAGAGCUCAAUGUAAAUGCAUAUAAACUCCCAUGUCCAGUUAGUUAAUAGGGCUGUAGACAGGAGGUGGGGGUUUAGCGGUGGGCUAGCCAUCACACAGCUGUUUAGUCUCUUAAACCCACGUCACUGAUUGGUCAGGGGCAGGGACUGUCACUGAUUGGAUGAGAGCAUGCGUGGGUCUCUGCACGGUGGGGGUCGGUAAAUACCCGUCAUUGGUUAAUACUGUCAUUAAAGACCAUCAUUAAAGAGCCACUGAUACAGUUUCUUCAGAAAGUAUUCACUCCCCUUGACUUUGUCCACGUUUUGUUGUGUUACAGCUUGAAUUUAAAAUGGAUUCAAUUGAGAUUUUGUGUCACUGGCCUGCAUACAAUACCCCAUAAUGUCAAAGUAGAACAAUGUUUUUCGAAAAAAUUUAAAUUAAUACAAAUGGAAAAGCUGAAAUGUCUUGAGUCAAUAAGUAUUCAACCUCUUUGUUAUGGUAAGCCUAAAUAAAUUCAGGAGAACAAAUGAGCUUAACCAGUCACAUAAUAAGUUGCAUGGACUCACUCUGUGUGCAAUAAUAGUGUUUAACAUGAUUUUUGAAUGACUACCUCAUCUCUGUACCCCAUACAAACAAUUAUCUGUACAGUCCCUCAGUCGAGCAGUGAAUUUCAAACACAGAUUCAACCACAAAGACCAGGGAAGUUUCCAAUGCCUCGCAAAGAAGGCACCUAUUGGUAGAUGGGUAAAAAAACAAAAAAAACAGACAUUGAAUAUCCCUUUGAGCGUGGUGAAGUCAUUAAUUACACUUUGGAUGGUGUAUCAAUACACCCAGUCACUACAAAGAUACAGGCGUCCUUCCUAACUCAGUUGCCGGAGAGGAAGGAAACCGCUCAGGGAUUUCACCAUGAGGCCAAUAGUGACUUUAAAACAGUUACAGAGUUUAAUGGCUGUGAUAGGAGAAAACUGAGGAUGGAUCAACAACAUUGUAGUUACUCCACAAUACUAACCUAAUUGACAGAGUGAAAAGAAGGAAGUCUGUACAGAAUAAAAAAUAUUCCAAAACUGCAUCAUGUUAUGGGUAUGCUUGUGAUCGACAAGGACUAGGGAGUUUUUUAUGAUAAAAAGAAAAUGAAUGGAGCUAAGCACAGGCAAAAUCCUAGAGGAAAACCUGGUUCAGUCUGCUUUCCACCAGACACUAGGAGAUGUAUUCACCUUUCAGCAGGACAAGAACCUAAAACACAAGGCCAAAUCUACACUGGAGUUGCUUAUCAAGAAGACAGUGAAUGUUUCUGAGUGACCGAGUUACAGUUCUGACUUAUAUCUACUUGAAAAUCUAUGGCAAGACCUGAAAAUGGUUGUCUAGCAAUGAUCAACAACCAAUUUGACAGAGCUUGAAGAAUUUUGAAAAUAAUAAUGGGGAAAUGUGGCACAAUCUAGGUGUGGAAAGCUCUUAGAGACUUACCCAAAAAGACUCACAGCUUUCAUCACUGCCAAAGGUGCUUCUAGAAAGUAUUGACCCAGGGGUGUGAAUACUUACAGUACCAGUCCAAAGUUUGGACACACCUACUCACUCAAGGGUUUUUCUUUAUUUUUACUAUUUUCUACAUUGUAGAAUAAUAGUGAAGACAUCAUAACUAUGAAAUAACACACAUGGAAUCAUGAAGUAACCAAAAAAUGUUGAACAAAUCUAAAUAUAUUUUAUAUUUGAGAUUCUUCAAAGUAGCCACCCUUUGCCUUGAUGACAGCUUUGCACACUCUUGGCAUUCUCUCAACCAGCUUCAAGACGAAUGAGGAGUGAUUCAUGAGGAGUGAUACAUGAUUCCAUAUGUGUUAUUUCAUAGUUUUGAUAGAAAAUAGUAAAAAUAAAGAAAAACCCUUGAAUGAGUAGGUGUGUCCAAACUUUUGACUGGUACUGUAUGUAAAUGAGAUAUUUCAUUUUCAUUUUCAAUAUGUUUGCUAAAAUUUCAAAAAACAUGUUUUCACUUUGUCAUUAUGGGGUAUUGUGUGUAGAUGGUUGAGAAAAAAAUUCAGGCUGUAACAACAAAAUGUGGAAUAAGUCAAGGGGUGUGAAUACUUUCUGAAGACACUGUAGAUACUGAUCAUCAUAGUGACAGUCACAGUGAUAGAUACUGAUCGUCAUAGUGACAGUGACAGUGAUAGAUACUGAUCGUCAUAGUGACAGUGAUAGUCAUAUUGAUAGUGAUAGUGAUCGUGAUGCUGAUAGUGAUUGUGAUACUGAUAGUGAUACUGAUAGUGAUUGUGAGAGAGAUCAUAACAUAGGUAGUUUGUUUUCAAAUCCAAUGUUAAUAUGUGCAUUGAUAGCUCAGCGAUAUUUUACAUACUACAGUGAUGUAAGUCUCUCCUCCUGAGUGGCGCAGUGGUCUAAGGCACUGCAUCGCAGUGCUAACUGUGCCACUAGAGAUCCUGGUUCGAAUCCAGGCUCUGUCGCAGCCGGCCGCGACCGGGAGACUCAUGGGCGGUGCACAAUUGGCCCAGGGUAGGGGAGGGAAUGGCCGGCAGGGAUGUAGCUCAGUUGAUAGAGCAUGGCGUUUGCAAUGCCAGGGUUGUGGGUUCAAUUCCCACGGGGGGCCAGUAUAAAAAAAUAUGUAUUCACUAACUGUAAGUCGCUCUGGAUAAGAGCGUCUGCUAAAUGACUAAAAUGUAAAUGUAAAUGAUCAAAGAGAGAGAGAGAUCAGCUGUCCUGGCAUGACCAUUCAGGGGAUGUGAGUAUCUCUGGAAUCUGGAUGCAUGGAACUAGUUUCAAUCUGGUUUGUUGCUGAUCCAGGAGAGCUCAACAUGGCACGACACAUAAAGAAGAACACCACUGCCAGUAAGGAUUACAGCCUUCUCCUCCCGUUGAGCCUGGCUGUCUUUGAAGUAUCCUCCUCCAUCCCUGGUGCUUUAUGCUCAUUCCUAACACAUGUUUCUGUUCUGAGGGCUUCCCUAAAGCCUUUUCCUGAGGAAUACUGUAGCUUUCUCCUCAGAGAGUUCAUGGCCUUUGAACAUACCUGCCAAGGUUGUAAUACCUCUGUCACAUUUGACCAAAUCCUGGAUUUACCGUAAGGUCUCUGAUUUAACAAUGUAAACCCAUUGACUGUCUGCUUUUAUGUAUAUAGUCUCUUGUAAAAGACUGACAUUAAUAUAGCUAACAAGCCUGCAUGCAAGAUACUGUUCUGGGUGCUGAGAUUAUGAUGAAUGUAUAACGAAGCAUAUUACUCAUCUGUGAUAUAAUGUGAUAUGAUGUAACAUAAACUAAUAUGACUAGUCCCUAUGUCUAGCUCCGGUCCAGGGCUACAUGUGGAUUAUCUUCUCUGUCGGUCUGUUGGAGGCUAGCUCUGGUCCAGGGCUACAUGUGGACUAUCUUCCCUGUCGGUCUGUUGGAGGCUAGCUCUGGUCCAGGGCUACAUGUGGACUAUCUUCCCUGUCGGUCUGUUGGAGGCUAGCUCUCGUCCAGGGUUACAUGUGGACUAUCUUCCCUGUCGGUCUGUUGGAGGCUAGCUCUCGUCCAGGGCUACAUGUGGACUAUCUUCCCUUUCAGUCUAUUGGAGGCUAGCUCUCGUCCAGGGUUACAUGUGGACUAUCUUCCGUGUCGGUCUGUUGGAGCCUUGGAGGAUAGCUCCCACUCCCACUUUUCAGGCCGUUCCUACAUUUCCUGGAGACAGAAAAUAAUCCCUUAGUCCUAGGAAGAAGAUGGAUUUGUAACACGGCUACAGCAGGCUACAGGUCGUUUAGCAUGUCACUGCAGUUUAUGCGCUGUUCAAUCUUCAGGAUAUAUCCUCAUUACACCGCAGGAGGCAUCCUGUCGUUUGGUAGGACAAUGAGUCAGCCACAGAGAUCUUAUUAAAUUCCUACUGUAUAUGUAAUUCUAUGGGGUCGGGUCCUCUGUCUGACCUCCUCCAAGGUCUUAAUUCCCAUCCUAAGAGCUGUAGACUUGGGCUGUCUUUGGCACUGCCAUCCUACUGAACAUAAAGUAUUGUCAUUGAGAUCUGUGUCCCAAAUGGUACCCUUUUCCCUUUAUAGUGCACUACUUUUGGCCAGACCCCUAUGACCCCUGGUCAACUGUACACUAUAUAGAGUAAAGAGUGCUAUUUGGGAUGCACAUAAACACUCUGUGUGUUCUGUGUUUUCUGAUAGUACAGUGAUUGUGCAGUUCAUCAGGUCAUGGUGGGUUUCUGACUCACCCUCCAACAAUAGGACUGCUGAGUAAUUGGUGUACAGUACAUUGUCUCCUGGAUGUUUGUAAACAUUGUUCUUAAUGUUAAGAAUGAAAUGAAUUUUGCAAAGAGGAUUGGUGCAGUAACAGAAACAGGGAGCCCACUCCUCCCCUCCCCUUCCCCACUGCCCAGUUCAAAAGGGAUUAUAUCUCUCUGCUAUUGAAACUUGGCAAGAGAUUCUCCUCCCCCCCCCAUUUUUUUUUUGCAUUUGCCGACAAUCCCUCUUUAUGCCCGGGCGGCAACUGUUGUUGGACUUAUAUGUGAGAUAAAGACAAGCUGAUGAACAGAGCAGGGAAAGAGAGCGUGAUGGAGAGAGGCGAGGUCAACGGGUGAGGUCCAUAGAGAGUGGAGGAGGUAAAGAAGGAAGGAGAGAGGGAAUAAAAGGAGGUUAGACUAGACUGGUCUACAUGCAUGUUGGUGAGUGUUUUCUCUAUUCUUCCUCAUGUAGAAAUGCCAUCUGUAUGGCUGAUGGAUUAUAAUCAUGUGCGAUUGUCCAGUGGAGGCGGUCUGUUUGUAAAUGUGCCACUCAGGUUCCAGACGCUGACUUCACACACUGCCAUGUUGCUCUCCAGAUGUGUUUAUCUCUGGUGGGAGGGGGAUUCAUCAUCACUCUCUACACUCUGUUGGAACUGGUGUUGCUGGUUACUGCAUUGGAAUACUGGAACAGACAAACUAAGCAGACUGAGUAGUAAUUAGUUGAAUAUUAUUAUAAUGUAUCAAACCAGAUCAGAUUUACAUUGCUUGCAUAAUAUUGGUGCUUUUAUGUAAAGGUCUUGUUUGGAUUUAUUGCCCACCUAUUGUUUUGACUAUGUUUGAUCCUCUCUAAUCUGAUAUCUGAUGUUAGGCUGGAUGUUCCUUCUCUGACAGAAGUGGAGGUUUGGUUUAGGUGGUGAUGGAUGGGUGACUUGAAUAGAAUCCUGCACCCUCACUCACAUUUUCAGAUUAUCGUUGAAAAUUUCCAUGACAUGACUCACAGAUGAUUGUCAGAGCGCUUUCUUACUCCGCCUCUCUCCGUCUCUCUCCCAAUUGUUUUCCAUCCAUCUUUCUCCACCUCCAUAUCCUGUAUUAUUCAGAUUGUGGGUACAUUCCUUCUCAAUGUAAUGACAUUUAUCAGACCUUAACCUGACUGAUGUUACUCAUCUUAGUCAACAGCAUCCAAAGGCAACAAUAUGGUGGAAGUUUCCCCAAGCCAAUAGAAAGGCUAACUGAAAUGCUUACACCAGAGGAAGAGGCAUGGGGCUGUUUUCUGACCAGGCAGAUGUGUGCUCUCACAGUACACCUCCCUCUCUCACCCUCUCCCUCUCUACCACAGACAGGAUGACGAAUCAGCAACCAGCCCACCAGUCUAACAAGGCUCAUUAUGAUGAGGCACUGCCACCCAUUGUUGGCGCUGGAGUGUUGGACUUGUUGGAGCCCAAACUUCCCAAGAGUUUCUUGGGAACCUACUGUGGCUUCCUCAUCCGAAACUCACUGCUGGCCCUCACUAUACUGGGUAGGUGACUACCUCACUUUAUGGCAAUAAACACAAUACCCCAUAAUGACAAAGAAAAAACAGGUUUUAGACAUUUUUGGCAGUGAUUACAGCCUCGAGUCUUCUUGGGUAUGACGCUACAAGCUUUGCACACCUAUAUUUGGAGCGUUUCUCCCAUUCUUCUCUGCAGAUCCUUUCAAGCUCUGUCAGGUUGGAUGUGGGCGUUGCUGCACAGCUCUUUUCAGGUCUCUCCAGAGAUGUUCGAUCGGGUUCAAGUCCUGGCUCUGGCUGGGCCACUCAAGGACAUUCAAAGACUUGUCCCGAAGCCACUCCUGCGUUGUCUUGACUGUGUGCUUAGGAUCAUUGUCCUGUUGGAAGGUGAACCUUUGCCCCAGUCUGAGGUCCUGAGCACUCUGGAGCAGGUUUUCAUCAAGGAUCUCUCUGUACUUUGCUCCGUUCAUCUUUCCCUCAUUCUCCCAGUCCCUGCCACUGAAGAACAUCCCCACAGCAUGAUGUUGCCACCACUAUGCUUCACCGUAGGGACGGUGCCAGGUUUCCUCCAGACGUGACGCUUGGCAUUCAGGCCAAAGAGUUCAAUCUUGGUUUUAUCAGACCAGAGAAUCUUGUUUCUUAUGGUCUGAGAGUCCUUUAGGUGCCUUUUGGCAAACUCCAAGCAGGCUGUCAUGUGCCUUUUACUGAGCAGUGGCUUCCGUCUGGCCACUCUACCAUAAAGGCCUGAUUGGUGGAGUGCUGCAGAGAUGGUUGUCCUUCUGGAAGGUUCUCCCAUCUCCACAGAGGAACUCCGGAGCUCUGUCAGAGUGACCAUUGGGUUCUUGGUCACCUCCCUGACCAAGGCCCCUCUCCCUCGAUUGCUCACUUUGGUCGGGCGGCCAGCUCUAGGAAGAGUCUUUGUGGUUCCAAACUUCUUCCAUUUAAGAAUGAUAGAGGCCACUGUGUUCUUAGGGGACCUUCAAUGCUGCAAAACAAAUGUGGUAACCCUUCCCCAGAUCUGUGCCUCGACACAAUCCUGUCUCUGAGCUCUACGGACAAUUACAGACUACAAUCUAUUACAGACUACAAAGGGAAGCACAGCCGCGAGCUGUCCAGUGACAUGAGCCUACCAGAUGAGCUAAAUCACUUCUAUGUUCACUUUGAGGCAAGCAACACUGAAGCAUUCAUGAGAGCAUCAGCUGUUCCGGACUGAAAAUAUUUGGCAUGGGUCCUCAGAUCCUCAAAAAGUUCUACAGCUGCACCAUUGAGAGCAUCCUGACUGGUUGCAUCACUGCCUGGUAUGGCAACUGCUCGGCCUCCGACCGCAAGGCACUACAGAGGGUAGUGCGUACGGCCCAGUACAUCACUGGGGCCAAGCUUCCUGCCAUCCAGGACCUGUAUACCAGGCGGUGUCAGAGGAAGGCCCUAAAAAUUGUCAAAGUCUCCAACCACCCUAGUCAUAGACUGUUCUCUCUGCUACCGCACGGCAAGCGGUUCCGGAACACCAAGUCUAGGUCCAAAAGGCUUCUUAACAGCUUCUACCCCCAAGCCGUAAGACUCCUGAACAGCUAAUCAAAUGGCUACCCAGACUAUUUGCAUUGUCCCCCCCCCUCUUUUACACUGCUGCUACUCUCUGUUUAUUAUCUAUGCAUAGACACUUUAACUAUACCUACAUGUACAAAUUACCUCAAUUACCUCGACUAACUGGUGCCCCUCGCACAUUGACUCUGUCUUUUUACUGUUAUUUUACUGCUUUUAUUUUUUACUUAUCUAUUGUUUACUUAACACUUAUUUUUCUUAAAACUGCAUUGUUGAUUAAGGGCUUGUAAGUAAGCAUUUCACUGUAAGGUCUACAACUGUUGCAUUCGGCACAUGUGACAAAUAACAUUUGAUUUGAUUUGAUUUGAAUUCCUUCAACCUCAUGGCUUGGUUUUUGCUCUGACAUGCACUGUCAACUAUGGGACCUUAUAUAGACAGGUGUGUGCCUUUCCAAAUCAUGUCCAAUCAAUUGAAUUUACCAAUCAAGUUGUAUAAACAUCUCAAGGAUGAUCAAUGGAAACAGGAUGUACCUGAGCUCAAUUUCGAGUCUCAUAGUAAAGGGUCUGAAUACUUAUGUAAAUAAGGUAUUUAUGUUUUUUAUUUUAAAUACAUUUGCAGAGAAAUCUGAAAACCUGUUUUCGCUUUGUCAUUAUGGGGUAUUGUGUGUAGAGUAAUGAGGAAAUAAAAUAAAAAAUCAAUUUUAGAAUAAUGCUGUAACGUAACAAAGUGGGGAAAAAGUGAAGGGGUCUGAAUACUUUCCGAAUGCACUGUGCACUUACUGUAACUCCCCCUGGAAUGGAAAUGAAACCCAAUGAGUUAGACGCUGUGAUUAUAAAUCCUCUCGAAAUGCUCUUCUAAAGCAUUUCACUGGAAUCUCUCCUCUCUGCGCUCUCACAGAAGCUGUAAGGGUGACAGAGGCAACCAUUGUGUGGCUGUUGUGCUAACUCCUCUCCUCUGUGCACUGUGACAGGUGUAAUAGCGGGGUCGCUGUUUGGGAUGCUGCUGCGGUAUGUUUCUAUUACAGACCCCAACACCCUAAUGCUGGUGUCCUUUCCUGGAGACAUCCUCAUGAGGAUGCUGAAGAUGCUCAUCUUGCCCCUCAUCAUCUCCAGCCUCAUCACAGGUACACCAUUGUAGUACACAGCACACACAUGCCUGCACACACACACACACACACACACACACACACACACACACACAGACACACAUACACACACACAGACACACACACAGACACACACACACACCCACACACAGACAUGCAGGUGGAAGGUGCCCUGCUCAUCAGCCUGUCUCUCUCCCUCCCAGGUCUGGCUGGUCUGGAUGCUCGUUCCAGUGGGAGGAUGGGCUCCAGGGCCAUGGUCUACUACAUGUCCACUACAGUCAUCGCUGCCAUCCUGGGGGUCAUCCUGGUCCUGGGGAUCCACCCGGGAAACCCCAAACUCAGGAGCAGUCAGGAGCAGAACGCCGCCCCCAAGAACCAAGAGGUCAGCAGUCUGGACGCCUUCCUGGACCUCAUCAGGAACCUGUUCCCUGAAAACCUGGUGCAGGCCUGCUUCCAACAGGUAGGACCCAGACCCAGAACUAGACCCAGAACUAGACCCAGACCCAGACCCAGAACUAGACCCAGACCCCAUCAAACAAUUGAUGUUCAGUUGUUAUUGUGAGAUUUGGAUCCUAUCAAAGCCUGACUUUAAUGACCAGCAUUGGGAAUGUGUGGCUUAUGGGGCAAUUGUGUCUAAUUCGCAAAUGAUUGUCUCAGUGCCUUCAGAAAGUAUUCACACCACUUUACUUUUUCCACAUUUUGUUGUGUUACCAAGUGGGAUUAAAAUGGAUUUAAUUGUAAUAGUUUUUGUCAACGAUCUACACAAAAUACUCUGUAAUGUCAAAGUUGUAAAAAAUUAAUAAGAAAACACUAAUAUAUCUUCAUUAGAUAAGUAUUCAACCCCCUGAGUCAAUACAUGUUAGAGUCACCUUUGGCAGCGAUUACAGUUGUGAGUCUUUCUGGGUAAGUUUCUAAGAGCUUUGCACACCUGCAUUGUACAAUAUUUGCACAAAAUUCUUCAAGUUCUGUCAUGUUGGUUGUUGAUCAUUGCUAGACAGCUAUUUUUAAGUCUUGCCAUAGAUUUUCAAGCCGAUUUAAGUCAAAACUGUAACUAGGCCACUCAGGAACAUUAAAUGUUGUCUUGGUAAGCAACUCCAGUGUAUAUUUGGCCUUGUGUUUUAGUUUAUUUUCCUGCUGAAAGGUGAAUUUGUCUCCCAGUGUCUGUUGGAAAAUAGACUGAACCAGGUUUUUCAUUAGGAUUUUGCCUGUGCUUAGCUCUAUUCCGUUUCUUUUUAUCAUAAAAAACUCCCUAGUCCUUGCCGAUGACAAGCAUACCCAUAACAUGAUGCAGCCGCCACCACGCUUGAAAAUAUGAAGAGUGAUACUCAGUGAUGUGUUGUUUUGGAUUUGCCCCAAACAUAACACUUUGUAUUCAGGACAUGAAGUAAAUUUCUUUGCCACAUUUUUUGCAGUUUUACUUUAGUGCCUUACUGCAAACAGGAUGCAUGUUUUGGAAUAUUUGUAUUCUGUACAGGCUUUCUUCUUUUCACUCUGUCAAUUAGGUUAGUAUUGUGGAGUAUUGUGCAGUAACUACUCAGUUUUCUCCUAUCACAGCUAAUAAACUCUGUAACUGUUUUAAAAAGGUGCCCUUCUUUGCGAGGCAUUGGAAAACCUCCCUGGUCUUUGUGGUUGAAUCUGUGUUUGAAAUUCACUGCUCAACUGAGGGACCUUACAGAUAAUUGUAUGUGUGGGGUACAGAGAUGAGGUAGUCAUUGUUAAACCCUGUUAUUGCACACAGAGUCCAUGCAACUUAUUAUGUGACUUGUUAAGCAAAUUUUGACUUUUGAAUGUAUUUAGGCUUGCCAUAACAAAGGGGUUGAGUACUUAUUGACUCAAGACAUUUCAGCUUUUCAUUUGUAAUUAAUUUGUAAAAAUUUCAUAAUUCCACUUUGACAUUAUGGGGUAUUGUGUGUAGGCCAGUGACAAACAAUCUAAAUGUAAUCUAUUUUAAAUUCAGCCUGUAACACAAAAAAAUGUCAAGGAGAGCUAAUCAUUUCUGAAGGGACUGUAUAUGCACAGACUAGUUCCUAUAAAGGAGUGGCUUAUGUCAUCAUGGAAGUAGAAUUGUGCUUUAGAGUAGAGAAUACGUUCUAUCUGAUGUGCAUAUCUAGUCAGCAGCAUAUCUAGAGCUUGGGACUAUAAGGUGCUAUCUGCAAAAAUAUGAUUCUGAGAUAAUUGGCUUAAAGUUCAGAACCCUCAUUUUUUUAUUGUAUUCUUUUGAACUUAACAACAUGAAUUGGGGUAUUUAGAUGGUGCUUUCCUACGGAGCUGUGAGGGGAACGGCACCUCCGUACCUUCAGGCUCUGAUCAGUCCCUACACCCAAACGAGGGCAUUGCGUUCAUCCACCUCUGGCCUGCUGGCUCCCCUACCUCUGCGGAAGCAUAGUUCCCGCUCAGCCCAGUCAAAACUGUUCGCUGCUCUGGCACCCCAAUGGUGGAACAAGCUCCCUCACGACGCCAGGACAGCGGAGUCACUCACCACCUUCCGGAGACAUUUGAAACCCCACCUCUUUAAGGAAUACCUGGGAUAGGAUAAAGUAAUCCUUCUACCCCCCCCUUACCCCAACCCCCCCCCCCCCCCCCAAAAAAAAAAAAAAAAAAAAAACAUUGUAAAGUGGUUAUCCCACUGGCUAUAAGGUGAAUGCACCAAUUUGUAAGUCGCUCUGGAUAAGAGCGUCUGCUAAAUGACGUAAAUGUAAAUGUAAAUGUAGAGUACUAUAUACAGUACCAGUCAAAGGUUUGGACACACCUACUCAUUCAAGGGUUUUUCUUUAUUUUUACUAUUUUCUACAUUGUAGAAUAAUAGUGAAGACAUCAAAACUAUGAAAUAACACAUAUGGAAUCAUGUAGUAACCAAAAAAGUGUUAAACAAAUCAAAAUAUAUUUUUUAUUUUAUAUUCUUAAAAUAGCCACCUUUUGCCUUGAUGACAGCUUUGCACACUCUUGGCAUUCUUCAUCUGAAAAUAUUUUCCAAUAGUCUUGAAGGAGUUUCCACAUAUGCUGAGCACUUGUUGGCUGCUUUUCCUUCACUCUGCGGUCCAACUCAUCCCAAACCAUCUCAAUUGGGUUGAGGUCAGGUGAUUGUGGAGGCCAGGUCAUCUGAUGUCUUCACUAUUAUUCUACAAUGUAGAAAAUAGUAAUAAUAAAGAAAAACCCUUGAAUGAGUAGGUGUGUCCAAACUUUUGACAAAAAUGCAGGUAGAACCUUAAAGUCCCAAGCGCUCAAUAUUUUGAUCCUUUCCAUUUCCCAGAAAAGGAUGACUUUGCAGACCAACACAGAUGUGUGUGGUGUUAGCUGUACAGAUCGUAAUUCCCUCUCUGUGUUCCAAGCUUCUAUUGUAGUAUUGUACAGUUGAUUUCUCCCUCUGAACAUAUUUCCCGUUGUAAUGACCAGUAGCUGUUCUUGUGUUGACAUUUACAUUUGGCAUUUUAGGCAUUUAUCAGACGCUCUUAUCCAGAGCGACAUACCGUUAGUGUAUUUAUCUUAAGAUAGCUAGGUGAGACAACCACAUAUCACAGUCGUAGUAAGAACAUUUCUUCCUCUAAAGAAGUUAUCAGCAAAGUCAGUACUAGUAGGAAAUGACUAGAGCAAUGUUUUUUUAUUUUUGGGGGCGGGGAGGGAGGGAAUGAGACUAAGAUGUCUUAUUUAAGAUCUUUGAAGAGGUAGGCUUUCAGACGUUUUCAGAAGAUGGGCAGGGACUCUGCUGUCCUAGCAUCAGGAGGACAUGAUCCUGUGCUCAGAUGGCUGACCACAGGACAGAACAGGAGAGGACAGGAGAGGACAGGAGAGGAUAGGAGACUACAGGAUAGGGCAGGACAAGACAGAACAGACUCUUUCUUUGUGAUUCACAAAGCAACGCUGCCUGGCAGAUAUGACUGCUGUUUAUCCAAGCAGGCGGAUCAUCAGUUGCCUUCUUUUGUCCAAAUCCUGUGUUUUUUCUCUCUCUCUCCUUAUCGCUCUCUAUCUCUCUCUCUCUUUCAUGCGUGUGUGUCUGAAUGAUUAGAAAUGCUUUUCUGUGUUAUACUGGGUGAGGGUCAGACCUUCUGUCGGUGCUAAUCUCUUUACAGCUGCGUUGGGUUGUCUUCAUUUACUACAGUAAGGCAUCUGCCUAGUGUGUGUAUGUGUGUGUGUGUGUGUGUGUGUGUGUGUGUGCGUGUGUGCGCAUGUGCAUGUGUGUGUGUGUGUGUGUGUGUGUGUGUGUGUGUGUGUGUGUGCUGUUCAGCCCUGGGCUUAUAGGGAUCCUUUUCUCUUGCUGUGUGCUAUCACUGCGUUUGUCCUCAUCAGAGAUUCAUUGAUAUUGUAAUUACUUUUGCAGAUCAGCCAAGAAAUUGCAUGACGAUCCCCUGCCCCCUUUUCCAUCUUUCAUCUUCUCUUUACCUCUCUCUCUCUACCCUCUCUCUCUCUCCCCCUCUCUCUCUCCCCCUCUCUUCUUCGCUGUCUGCAUAAACAUCUCUCUCAUCUCUCUGGUGGUUGCUCUCUCUCUCUCUCUCUCUCUCUCUCUCUCUCCCCCCCCCCCCCUCUCUCUUCAGGUUCAAACAGUAGCAAAGAAAGUGUCAGUGAUACCCCCGAACCAGACAGAACCUGUCAUAGUCAGCAAGAAGAAACUGGAGUUCAAAUGGGGCAUGAAUGUUCUGGGUGAGAGAAUGCUAUGGUUCUUUCCUCUCUAUUCACUGAUUGGGCAACAAUGUCCUGUUCGGUUCCCCUCUCUUUCUGUUGAUUGGACGGAAUACUAUUAUGUCUAUUUCCUAUUGUUUCAUUGGUUUAGAUAUAUUAAUCAUUCGUAUUGAGAGAGCACAUUGGUUAUUUAUGAACAGAAUGAUUUAAUGUUGUAAUGAUGUUUUCUGAAGGUUUAAUUGGGUUCUUCAUCACAUUUGGAAUGUGCAUGGGGAAGAUGGGAGAGAAGGGGAAGCUCAUGUCAGAGUUCUUCAACAUCCUCAACGAGAUCAUCAUGAAGAUGGUGGGCAUGAUCAUGUGGUACGUGUCUCUCUGUGUCUUCCUGGCUGUGUCUUCUUGGCUGUGUCCCUGUCUGUGUCCCUGUCUGUGUCCUUGUCUGUGUCUCUCUGUGUCCCUGUCUGUGUCCCUGUCUGUGUCUUCCUGUCUGUGUCCCUGUCUGUGUCCCUAUCUGUGUCCCUGUGUCUUCCUGUCUGUGUCACUGUCUGUGUCUUCCUGUCUGUCUGUGUCCCUGUCUGUGUCUUCCUGUCUGUGUCCCUGUCUGUGUCUUCCUGUCUGUUUCUUCCUGUCUGUGUCCCUGUCUGUGUCUUCCUGUAUGUGUCCCUGUCUGUGUCUUCCUGUCUGUGUCUUCCUGUCUGUGUCCCUGUCUGUGCCUUCCUGUCUGUGUCCCUGUCUGUGUCUUCCUGUCUGUGUCCCUGUCUGUGUCUUCCUGUCUGUGUCUUCCUGUCUGUGUCUUCCUGUCUGUGUCCCUGUCUAUGUCUUCCUGUCUGUGUCCCUGUCUGUGACCCUGUCUGUGUCCCUGUCUGUGUCUCUGUAUGGGUCUGUUUUUCCUCCAGUGGAACAAUGGCUGCAGUGCUGAAAAACAUUCUAUGGACAGUGAUGAAUUCACUGACAGUCAUGAAUAAGGGGAGGACUGCGUACAUGAGAAAAAUGGUGGGAACUGGGACCAGGGGCAGAGAGAGGAUUGGAAAGGGGAGAAAUAUAGGGAGAAGGAUUCCCUAAGACAUGACAGUGUGUGGAAUGCUGAGGACUAGCAGGAGUGGGAGCAGAGCAGAAGCCUUUCUGGUUCCCAGGGGGAGAGGGUGGAACAGGUCCAGAACGUAAUUAAUCCACAGACAGGAAAGGAGCCACUAGCUGCUCAGCAGGCCAGCACAGAUCAGAGCGCAGACAGACUGAUGCAGGGCAGGACAGAGGUACUUGGUGAGAUCCAUGUCCUUGGAGAGCGAUGAAGGCCUUGAUGCUUUGCAGGACAGUAGCAGACAGUCCAGUUACAUUAAAAGAGCGAGGGAAAAGAGAGAGAAAGGGGGAGAGACAGAGAGACUUCACAGGACACUGGCCAGUACCACUGAGAGAGAGAAAAACAUAUCCCCCCCUCUCUCUCUCCCCCUCUCUCUCUCUCUCUCUCUCUCUCUCUCUCUCUCUCUCUCUCUAUCUCUCUCCACCACAAAGAAGCACCUACUCAGGGGCCAUCUUGAUGCGCAGCACAUUUUCCAAAGAAACUGUGUUCUCCAUACCACAAACCCAAUGUAAACCACCCAUUUUACACACUAAACACAUUACUCACUACUAGGCCUACAGAGCUGGCCAAACAAACCAGCAUAUAUAUACAAAUAACAUGUCAUACACAGUACACUAAACACACUGGUCAUACACAGUAUACUACAUACUCUACCAAACAACUCUGGCUAAAUGCCAUCUUCCUCCCAGAUCAACACACAGUACAUCCCUUACACCUCAGAUGCUAAGGUUGUGUUGCUAUGACCUUUGACCUGCCCAGCUGUGGUUCCUUAGCACCUAGUCCCACUGCCUGUUUAGUAUUGAUGCCAUAGGUGGGGUGUGUCUCAAUAAUCUAAAGUGGUUUCCUCUCCCCAUAUAUUUUCCUUCACUUGCAAUAUUCUGGAAGAACCCUCCUCAUUACCAGUGGUGUGUUGACCCUCCAUGUUGUGUCUUCAGGUACUCUCCAGUUGGUAUUGCCUCUCUGAUCUCAGGGAAGAUAGCAGCCAUCGGGGACCUGGAGGUGGUGGCCAGACAGCUGGGCAUGUACAUGGUGACUGUCAUAGUGGGCCUGAUGAUCCAUGGGGGCAUUAUCCUGCCACUCAUCUUCUUCACCAUCACAAGGAAGAGCCCCUUCACCUUCUACUCUGGGAUCUUCCAGGCCUGGAUCACUGCCCUGGGCACCGCCAGCAGGUAGAGGAGGGAGGAACACUCUAGGGAGGGUUGGGUGUGUGUGGAGGGUGGGCGUAUAUACUAUGUUUAGCCAAUUUGUGCUGGUGUGUAUUUUCCUUAGUAGCACUGCAUGAUACUGUAUGGCAUCAGGUACCGUAGUAAAUGUGAUGGAGGGGUGUUAUGUUACUGUGUAUUGGUUGCUGGGCUAUUUAGGUUAACCCAGAAUAAGAGGGCUGACAAACUAGAGCUGCAGAGCCAACUGUGCAUGAAUCUGGGUGAUCCCAGACCAGCUCUGUCUGACAGACACACAGACAGACAGACAGAUUGACAUACCCUGUGUUGUAAAUGUCUGGGGCUCUGGAUAAGGUUGGAUGGGCCAAACUGGCCGUGUUUCCGCUGCUUCUGAAUCUGUCAUGCUGCUCAAACCAACUGUCAUUUUGACGCAUUAUGGAGGCUUUAGAGAAUAAGAGUAAUCCUAUCAACUUUCUCUAAUUAUAUUAUGACCUGGGCUUAGCUUGGGCUCAAAUCAAAUUCCUGCAAUUCAUUCAUUGGAUUGUAAAAUACCCCUGCUGUUAUGAUGAUGCUGUUAGAUUUCACCCCUCCUCUCACCCUCUCUGCCCCCCCCCCCCCCUCUUUUUUUACAUUCUCCCUCCCUCACCCUCACCCUCCCUCGCCCUCCCUCUCCCUCCCCCUUUCUCCCUCACCUCCCUCACCCCCCCACUCCCCCACUCACUCACCCUCCCUCCCUCCCUCACCCUCCCUAAACCUCUCUCUCUCUCCCUCAAUCUCCCUCACCCGCACUCUCCCUCCCUCUCCCUCCCUACCCUCACUCUCCCUCACCCUCCCUCUCCCUCCCUCCCUCCCUCCCUCCCUCCCUCCCCCCUCCCUCCCUUCCCCCCUCCCUCCCUCCCUCCCUCCCUCCCUCACUCCCUCCCUCCCCUCUCCCUCACUCAUCCUCACCCUCCCCUCUCCCUCCAUCCCUCCCCUCCCUCUACCCUCCCUCCCUCCCUCACUCCCUCCCCUCCCCUCCCUCAUCGCCUUCCUUCUCCCUCUCCGUCCCCUCCACCCUCCCUCUCCCUCACUCUCCCUCACCCUCCCUCUCCCUCACCCUCCCCCACCCUCACUCUCCCUCACCCUCCCUCUCCCUCACUCUUUCUGUCAUUAUUUUCUUUCUCAAUACCUCUCUCUCUAUAUAAUGUCUUUAUACCCUCUCUCCCCACUUUUAUUUUCUUCCCUUUAUCUCUCUCUACCUGUCUUUAUCCCUUUCUUACCCACUCUGUCCUUCCCUCAGUGCGGGAACGUUACCUGUCACGUUUCGCUGUCUGGAGGAGAAUCUGAAGAUCGAUAAGCGUGUGACGCGUUUCGUGCUGCCCAUCGGAGCCACCAUCAACAUGGACGGUACAGCCCUGUACGAGGCGGUGGCAGCCAUCUUCAUCGCUCAGAUGAAUGACAUCAACCUGGACGCAGGACAGAUCGUUACUGUCAGGUAGGCCUCUUCUUUACCACUAACACCCCUGGCCCAGGGGGUUUCUUAGGAUAUUUUUGUGUUGAGGUGUGUUACCUGGGUGUAAUAUAUUAUGCUUUUAGAUAUAGUACUAAAGUGCAGUGAUGGUUUUAAGGCUGUCAUGCUCGGUAUGUAUGUAAGAGAAAGCUAUGUCCCUUCCUCCAUGGCUUUUUGUACCUUGAAAUAGUCAUGUAACUGUAGGCCUACUGUAUCUAUCAGUUGUGGUUGCUUACUGAUGACUUUUCUGAGUCACAUGCUAAUGCACUGUGGUGACAAUGUCUUGGAAUGAGAAACAUGUGUGUAACAUCCUCUCCCUCUCUCCUUCCCCUCCUCUCCUCCCAGUAUGACAGCUACCCUGGCCAGUGUGGGAGCGGCCAGUAUUCCCAGUGCAGGCCUGGUCACCAUGCUGUUGAUCCUUACAGCUGUGGGCCUGCCCACCCAGGACAUCAGCCUGCUCAUCGCUGUCGACUGGCUGCUGUGAGUCACACAUACACAAUAUAUUGGUAUUUUAUUCAACAAUGUGAUGACAUUAGACUACCAUGAUUCAAUGUUGCUUAUUAUCUAAAUGGAAGAAAACUAGGGUACAUCAAGCUCUUUCAAAAUGCAACACAUAUUGUAAACUGUAAAGGGUAGAGUGGUACUUAGCUGUAGAUGGCAUUGCUGUUGUUGGCAUCUACUCAUCCAUGAGAGCUCCUGUCUGGUAGUGUAACUGUAACACAGUGAUCAGUCAUGGCUGACUCCAGCAUUGUCUGUCUGUUGGGUCAGUGACAGAAUGCGUACCUCAAUCAACGUGGUGGGCGACUCGUUUGGGGCUGGGAUUGUGGACCACCUGUCCAGGGCAGAGCUAGCUGAGAUUGACGCGGAUCUCCUCUCCCCUGAGGAUGAGGAGUUCAUCCCCCCGCCCCCUGUCCUCACUGAGAUGGACCUGGUGGACCCCAUGAGACCUCCCGAUUUACCCCCGCGCUCCCCCCGCCCGCCCAAACUAAACCACCACGGCCACUCCAACCUGUCCCAGAUCUACUCCAUCACCAACUCUCCCCGCUCCGUCCGCUCUCCGUCCCCCCGUUCGGUCCGCUCUCCCUCCCCGCGCUCCAACUGUUCCCACUCCCACUCCCCACGGCCCUCUGCCUUCCGUACCCACUCCCCACGCAUUCUCCGCAGAAAAGAGCCUGGCUACUGCGCCCUGCCCAGCCACGACAACCAG